UAUUUGUUGUUGAUUUUAUUUGUUAUUAUUGACUGAUGUUAUUUGUUAUAAGAUGUAGAACUUGACGUUAUUUAAAUACAUAGCUUGGCCUACCAUUGAUAACACAAUAGCUUGGUUUCAGUCACGUGACUUCUAUGAUGCGCGAAAUUCAAGUGGAGGUCAGGAAGUGAAAACGCAAUCAUUCAUCAACGCAGGAAUCAUGGAGGACACCAACUAUGUCAAACAAUUAAAUGAACCUGCACGCCGCAGAUAUCGUGAAAAAAUCACAGCACACAUCGGAUACGAUCCGUAUCAGCUGAAAAAAAACGACUUUUCUCGUGAUUUAUCCGAUUUGCCCGCUGUUGAGGCGAUGGAUAUCACCAGCUACCUCGUCCUUCAUACCGCCUACUACACGGCUAGCCAGAUGAAAGCGUAUAAAAGCCUGGAAGCUUUCAACUACUUCGUGUGUGGAUGGGUGAAUGACCUCGCCACCAAAGAGGCAUUAAACAAAUGUCGCCUUGUUUUUGCCCGGGUCAACCAUUCCCAGAGGUCUGGAGAAACACCAUUAAAAACGUGGAUUGUAGCUAAAGAAGAUGGAGAGGUUGUUACAGCACACUGUAACUGUAUGGCUGGUUUGUCAGAAUCCUGCUCACAUGUUGGAGCAGUUCUGUUUGCAAUCGAAGCAGGUGUGAAGAUGAGAGAGACUGCAUCCUGCACCACUGAGAAGUGCAAGUGGCUAAUGCCAUCACAUGUCAAAAAGAUUCCUGCUGCUCCAGUUGCGAUGAUAGACUUUUCAUCCGCAAAAUCCAAAAAGCAAAAAACUGGAUGA